ACGCCAGUGGCCACCUGGAGGACGGCGCUCAUGGUGCUAGACACUUCAAACACGGCUUCCUUGUCCUCCUGGGAGGCACGUGGCAGGAGGCACCAUUAUUUGCUUGUCACGCAGACAGCAACGCUAUGAACUGGGUACCAAUACUAUCCUGCUACAGGGAGGAAAAACUGAGGCACAGAGCAGAUCUGUACCUUGCCCUUGCUGAGAGCGGCAGAGCCUGGACUGCACCUCGGCAGCCGGAAGUCAAAGCCCUGCUCUAAACCCCACACGCCACGAGGACCUCUCUGCUGGCUCUGCCGUUCUGAACAUUUGCUGCAGGGACAGGUGUUCCAGUUACUAACUGAUAUGAAAGAGCAGCGUAAAGAAAGUGGAAAGAAUAAACACAGUUCUGGGCAACAGAACUUGAAUACUAUCACGUAUGAAACAUUAAAAUACAUAUCAAAAACACCAUGCAGGCACCAGAGUCCUGAGAUUGUGAGAGAAUUUCUCACAGCAGUGAAAAGCCACAAGUUAACCAAAGCUGAAAAGCUUCAGCUGUUGAAUCACAGGCCAGUGACUGCUGUUGAGAUCCAGCUGAUGGUGGAGGAGAGUGAAGAGCGGCUGACAGAGGAGCAGAUAGAAGCUCUGCUCCACACCGUCACGAGCAUCCUCCCUGCGGGGCCAGAGGCUGAGCAGAAGCAAAAUACCAACGAUGAGGUGACAGUGGACGAAGAGGACCCGGCAUAGAAGAGCA